AUGGAUUAUGCAUAUGUGGAGGUGAUGGCGUGUCCAGGUGGUUGCACGAACGGAGGCGGGCAGAUCAAAGUUGAUGAUGUGCCUAUCAAGCCCGAAACAGCCAUGAGCCAGAAGGAGUGGUUGGCUAGAGUCGACGAAGCAUACUACUCGAUGUCUGAGAGUGAAUCUGAGAAUGAGAUUGACGACGCUAUGAAUACUGACGACAACGACAACGACAACGACAACGAAGAAGCGGGGAAAGUGGAGGAAAAAAACAGAAUCAAUGGUAUCGACACGACGCGUGUCAGGGAGGUGCUGGAGCACUGGGCGCAGACGACCGGUAUUGAUCUGCGGAAGCUGGUUACGACAAGCUAUCGGAAGGUGGAGAGUGACGUCGGGAAGGUUGGAGGAGCGGAGAAUGAGAGAGUGGUGGAACUGGCGGGGAAGAUUGGUGGAGGCUGGUAG